UCAAUGCGGAAGCAUGUACUCAGGAAACUAACAGCUUCAAUUUUGUUUACAUGUGACAUGCUAUUUGGAAAUCAGCGGAGUUUGAUGCUGGAGCUCUGCGAAGAACCGCAGCAUGUUUCCCCGCAGCGCUGCGCCGAGGGGGCACUCAGCUUACCGUCAUGGCCCGUACCCGCCACCUCCUGCACCCCGGUGCUACGAUUACAACCACCGAAGCCUGCCUGGGGUCGACAGCUUUUAUGCUCCUGGACCGGAGAGAUUGCCUCCAUAUGAAUGGACACCCAGACCUCUUUCUCCAGUCCCUCGCCUAGUCCCUCCUCCUCCUCCUCACAUACAAACUAUGACCAACGGGCGCAAGAGGCAGAUUGAUGAAUACACCCCCCACGUUGUGAAGCGCCAACGCCUUAACUCCCCAGUCCACACAUCAAUAGGCUCCCCUUUACCUCGUGCUCCUGCCCCUCGUCAUCAUGACCAAAACAGGGCAGGGUCGUCAAGAUCAGUCUUUGGUUUUGACAGCCAUUUUCUCAGCCCACCUGCCCAUGUCCCCCCUCAGGUGACUUCUGUCCCAGAAAGCUCUAACAGCCUGCAGGCUUACGCUAAAGACAAGUUAAGUGAACAGAUGGUGGAGCUUUAUGAGGCGUGCCAGCAGCAAACUCCCGAUUUGGUCCGUAAAGAGACGAUCCGGACUCGGCUGCAGAACGACAUACGCAGUGUCUAUUCAGAUGCACGACUUUACUUGACUGGAUCUUCAAUGAAUGGAUUGGGCUGCCGGAGCAGUGACGCUGAUCUGUGUCUGGUCCUCGAGGCAAAUAAAAGAACUGAUGUUCUUCAUGCACUCUCUGUCCUCCAAAGGCUGUUCAAGUCUCUAACGUAUGUGGAGAAGACUCAGCUGAUCAGAGCCAAAGUGCCGAUCCUCAGGUUCAGAGAGAGGGGCAGUGAUCUGGAGUUUGAUCUGAAUAUCAACAACACGGUGGGCAUCAGAAACACAUUCCUUUUGAGGAGUUAUGCCUAUGCCGAUCUCAGGGUAAGACCCAUGAUCCUUGUCAUCAAGAAAUGGGCACGGCACCAUCGAAUCAAUGAUGCAAGCAAAGGAACGUUAAGCAGCUACACACUCGUGCUGAUGGUGCUGCACUACCUCCAGACUCUGAAGGAACCUGUCCUUCCCAAUCUACAGAGGGACUACCCAGAGUGUUUUUAUCCACACUUGGACAUUGAUAUGGUUCCAGAGGGACCCAAACACAUCCCACCCUACAACUCAAAAAACCAAUCAUCUCUGGGAGAGCUUCUUUUGGGCUUUCUCAAAUACUAUGCCACGGACUUCAGGUGGGAUAGGCAGGUGAUCUCUAUACGAGAGGCCAAAGUUUUGCCCAAAGCCAACUCUCAAGCAUGGAGAAACAAAUUCAUAUGUGUGGAAGAGCCAUUUGAGAAAAAUAACGUGGCCAGAGCAGUCCACGAGAAGACCAAGUUUGACACCAUUAAAGCAGAGUUCGCUGAGGCGUGUCGGAUGCUACGAUACAGGAAGGACCUAAACUCGAUCCUCCCAGUCAGAGACAUCAUUGACAAGGAGUUAUACAGGAGAUAAGGGGUUCCUCUUAUUAGACGAGUGGAUGGGAGUCUUCUACCUCAAGACAGGCCUGUCCCCAGAAACCGAGAGAGACGUCUGGGAUGCGCUGAGAGACGAGCUGCCUCCGCACUUCACAGGAAGGACUCUGAAUGGCUGCCUCGGCAUCGGUCACAUACUGUAGAUCCUGUGGCGGUGUUUAAAAUACUGCGCUCACUUCCAGAUGCUUUGCAGACUUCGCCAAAUGAUUGAAACUGAUUAUAAAAAUACAACAUUUGUGAAUCACACCAGAGGGCUCUGAAAUUAUAAUCCUGUCAUGGAAACUGGUGACAGAGAGACGCUGCACUCGAGCAGGAUAAUAAAGGUGCAAUCUUGUACGAAAAGACAAAAGAGCCUGCACCCUGCUCUUAUCUGAAGAUAGUUUAAAUGGAAACAACAGCGUUUAAGUUCAAAUGGAGGUUUAAAUUUGUCUCCUGUAAUCUCGGUUUAAGUUGUUCGAUCCAUACUGCACAUACUGAGUCAGUUCUGAAGUCGAUGCCAAUAAUUUGCUUGUGACACAAAUACGAUUUGUACAGUAUGUUGUCUUCAGCCUGUCUGGACCAACUUGUUACAUCAAAGCCUUUUUUCUAUUUUUCUAGCUCAGUGGUGAAGCUGUUUUGGGUUUAAACACCAUAGACACUUUUUUCUACAGCUACUUUAAAUGCCUUCUCCUUUACAUCAUCGCCAUCUAUAUGUUUUUAAGCUCCUCCGAAAACUGAAUAGCUGUUAUUAAGUCAUGUUCAAGUUAGUGUUAUAAUUUAUGUGGCUCUUAGGUGAUCAUUUUAGGGUUGUGAGGAGGAUGUGUUGUAUAAAUUUCCUGAUGCCCAUGCAGAAUCAUAUUAAUUCAGUAUCCGCUUGAUUUAUUUGGUCGAAAACUGAUGUUAUUACUAUCUGUUAUUCGGUUCACUUCAUGAAUUCAUUAUUUAAAGGAUUUACACUUCAGUGUGAAUUAGUUUUUUCGGCUUUUCUUUGGUUAAAUUUUUUCCUCGGCCCUUGUUGUACAUUUUGUACAUUACUGACUUUGCAAUGUUUAUUUAAAAAAUUAAAUCUCUGAAGAUGUAUGAUUGUUUUAGAUUGUAUUUUUGAGCAAUGUGUGAAGCCUGCUGAAAUUAAGUGCCAAAAUCAUAUUAAAGGUCAAGUUUGUAGGA